GAAAGCUGCCAUUGCCAACCGAUUACCCGUCGCGUUCUACAAUACGGCGCUGUGCACGUAUUCCGCGAUUACGCGUCCCUGCCAACCUGCGCGACAUUCGGUCCCUCGUUUCUCGCCCUCCACCUAUGAUCUGUUGAACAGUGCACCCGCCCACGAUCGCGAUACUCUCGGCCAUGCCUUCCUUUCUUUCGAGCUUGCGGAGAAAGAGCAAGAUCAACGUCAAAUCAGAGGAGAAGCCUGCCCCAGCCCAUGUGAAUGGCAACGGCCACGCGAACGGGCACAAUGGCAAUGGCGUGUCCCGGCGCAAGUCGUCGUCGACUUUGAAUUCCUCCGCCCUUGGAUCAUCCUCUCCUGCAACGUCGACUUCUGGAGAAGCUAGCGGCCAGCCCAAAGACGAUAUCCCGCCGCUGCCCACAACUCGGCCUCAGCGACCCGCUCCAAACCCUACGAAGCGUUACAGCCUGAACGUGAGGCUCGCCAGCCGACCAGGUACACAAGCGGACACUAACGUGGGACAGGGCAUGUCGACCUCCAGCAGCUCUCAGCUCGCUGCCAAUCCCUCCUCUCUACUUGCACCGCGCGUGCUAUCCGUCUCCGAAGGUUCAUGGGUGCAUCAGCAGGUCCUGCUGAUCUUUGGACAAAUUGGCGACUCGGCUCAUAGGCCGCUGGACGGCACCGUGACUGUGAAUCAUCAUCAAGGGCGCUUCCCUCCCACUGCCUGGCCGGUAUGUGACUCAUACUUCAAAGCACUUGUACACCUCGAGCCGGGCUGGAACCGUCUUCGCUUGGACUUUACCUCUCCGAAAGUGUCCUCCAGCAACACUUCCGUUUCCCCACACGCCUCAUUUCUUAAUGUUAAUUACCUUCCCCUCACCGACUCUCCACCGCUUCAACUUGCGAUCAUUCUUGGGAGCGACUCACCUGGAACAUACGACGCCACACCGGAACGUAGACAGCGCGAAGGCAACGGGUUGGAUCUUGCGAUUAAGAAGUUCCGCAUGGCGGCAUACCUCUGGCAAGCCUUUACUGGUGAGCAGAUGAACCGACAUGGCUUUGGGAGGAGGUGCUUUCGCUUCGAAGAUUCAUGGGAGCCGGGAUCGUUGAGCUACCAAGAUUGGGGCACCGGUCAGUUUCGGAACCAGGCCAAGAUCCACGUCAUUCGAUCAGACAAGACCGUCGCAGAGAUUCGCGACCUGGAUCGCGCACAACAGAAUCCAAAAGCCACGAAGAACGGAGACUUGUUCGGCAUCGCGGCCGAUGCCAUAAAGAAUUAUUUCCAGACGAAAUCUGGACAGAAGCAAUACGUGUCCUGCCUGUUCCUUGAUGCACAUUGGGACCCCCAACACCAGAUCAUCCUAGGGCAUGCCGCUCUAGGUGGAGGGGUUGGCGAUAUCCAGCUUGGCAUCUUUGGAUCGCAUGCCCUCCAAAGUUAUCCUUCAAGCAUUGAGGAAGUGUGGCAGGCUUUUGGCGAUUGCACGAGGACAGACACCGCGCACGUGGCGAAUGAUUGCAAUGAAGCUGGCAGCAAUUGGGAAUCGGCAAAUAUCGGGAUAGGUGCUCAUCUCCAUGAGACCGGCCAUUUGUUCGGAUGCCCUCACCAGGAGUCUGGAGUCAUGUUGCGUGACUACGUCACUCUUAACCGUACCUUUACGACCCGCGAGCCGUAUGCCACCCGCACCAAAUCACCUGGGCAAAGGUUAGUGCUGCCAUCUGACGAGUGUUCCUGGCAUAUUCUCGAUGCCCUCCGCUUUCGGUUUCACCCAUGUUUCCGGAUACCUUUGGACAAUGGAGCUGGGGACGAAAGCGUGCAGGUUUGGACGGUCGACAACGGCCAAGGAGGUGUGAUUGCAUCUUCAAAAUCUGGAAUCGCUUGGGUCGAAUUGUACCCAGAGGGCGACGAUGUUUGCCACUACUGGAAACGAUGGCCUGAACUCGAGAACCAGUAUCCACGCCAGGUCGCACUGAACGAGACUGAGCUUCGCGACCUUUUACCCAAAGAGAAGCAGAAGUCUCGACUCAAACUCGAGAUAUUUUCUGCCGGUGGCGGCAAGCACGUGGUGGAAGACCUUUCCCAACUCGCAAACCAGAAAUUCGCUCGCGUGAGGCUGCCUGACGGACGGUGGGGCUACCGCGGAGGCAAACUAGGCUUUUCACAGAUGGAGGGCUCGCAGCCGCAAGAGCUCAUUCUUGAUUGCGCUCAUAUUUCGACAAAACUUCUCUUAUCGAUUCGAGUAUACCACGGCCUUGCUGUUGACGGUCUCGAAUUUUUUUAUGAAGAUUCUACAAGCCAACUGUUCGGCAAACGAGGAGGGAAGCCCGGCGGUACAGAGUUUGCAUUAGACACAAGGAAAGGCGAGCUACUACUCGGUUUCGCACUGCGGGCUGGACUCUGGAUCGAUGGAAUCCAGAUCUUGACCAGCCUGGGCCGCAAGAGCGAGUGGUUUGGCAACGCUCACGGCGGCAGCGGACACACGCUCAUUCCUCCUCGCGGCUACACCAUCGGCGGCAUAGCAGGCUCAAGCGCUGCGUGGCUUGACGGCUUCCAAUUGAUCAUCACCAGAUGAAUAAUCCGAUAGACAAAUCUAUCAUUUCAAAGCACGAAGGAACGCACCUUCAGACACCCAACGAGGCGUCAAAUGAGCACUACCGACCACAGACAGGAUAUCUUCUCAUCAGCAUAUCAUCGUCUGCAUACUACUGGUAUUUCGGACACGUAAUACACCGCUUGGUGGAAGUUUUGGGUAGUUAUUGUUGGCAUCCGGUUUGCAUGAUGUUGUUCGGAGGGGACAGUACACGGGAAGGGUCGGCCUAAGCGCUGCCUAAUGGAUGGGAGGGACGCGGGUAUACAUAUGGCGAAUAGAAGACGGACCCUAGGUGGUGUGGAGAUGGCAAAGCGGGAG